AUGUCUGCAACCACCACUGCCACCAUGACCGCCAACCCGACCCAGUCUCGCAAGAGCCAUGGUCAUCACCACCAUCACCACCACGGCCACGACAAUGUCUACCUGACCUCGGCCAACAAGAACGACGCCGGCGUGCGCAUCACUCGCAUUGGUCUCUACUCCAACCUGGGCAUGGCCUUUGCAAAGGGCGCCGGUGGCUACGCAUUUGGCUCUCAAGCCAUGAUUGCUGAUGCCUGGCACAGUCUGACGGACCUGGCUUCCGACGUCCUGACACUGGCCACUGUUUCGUGGAGCUUGAAACCCCCGACCGAAGCCUUCCCCACUGGUUUCGGCAAGAUUGAGAGUCUGGGAUCUCUAGGUGUCUCCAGCAUGCUUCUGGGCGGUGGCCUGUUCAUGUGCUGGAGCAGCUUGAUCACCCUCCACGCUCACCUCUUCCUCGACCCUGCAGCUGCUGCAGAGGCCAUUGCCCACGCUCAUCACGGUCACAGCCACGGUCAUGGUCAUGCUACUCCGAGUUUGCACGCUGCUUGGUUGGCCCUGGGAACAAUCGCAAUCAAGGAAUGGCUGUACAGAGCUACCAUGAAAGUUGCCGUCGAACGAAAGUCCUCUGUCCUCGCCUCCAAUGCCAUUCACCACCGUGUCGACAGCUGGACCGGCAUUGUCACACUCCUUGCUAUCCUCGGUGCAAACUUUUUCAAGGAUGCGACCUGGCUGGAUCCCGUUGGUGGCCUGAUGAUUUCCCUCCUCGUCAUCAAGGCUGGUGCCGAGAACACUCUGUCUUCUGUAUACGAAUUGGCCGACCGCGCUAUUGACGAUGAAGUCAAGGGCGACGUCCAAAAAUACGCACUCCGAAGUCUCUCUGAUGUCACAAAUGGCCACGAGGUCGAUGUUCGCAAUGUUUCGGGUGUCAAGUCCGGUCAGAACUACCUGGUGGAUAUCGACUUGGCUGUGCCCGGAGCUUGGUCCGUCGAGGCUGUCCGCGAAGUGGAGGAUCAGGUCCGUACUCUUGUCGGUGCUAAGGUCCGGGGUGUGCGCAGGAUCAAGGUGCGCUUCGUCCCGAAGGAGGCCGAGGUUGCGCGCCCGUUCGACGAGUUCAUCCCCGGAGAAGCCAACCGAGAGGCUAGCGAGGAAGCCGACGACCACAGCCACACCAAUGGCAAUGGCCACAAGCACGACUAA